AAAGAGAAAGAAGUAGAAUUAUUAAAGCAAAGAGGAGAGUUGGCUCAGACAAAUAGAAACAGAAACCGGUUGUAAAGGGUGGGUCCGUACCAUCCGAUAAGCUGACGUGUCGAGAACAUAAGUGCAAAAUGGAUGAAAACUGGAGGAUAACGACAGGACACGAACUCAACCCAAAGACAUCAGAAACCAGACUUGAUCUUCUUUUUUUUUUUUACGUUGUUUUUCUCUUUAACUUGAUUUAUCUUUUGAUUUAAUGAAUUAUAAUUGGCAACUUUAAUUCUCUCUCUUACAAAAGAGAUCGAAAUCCAAGAUGACUAGUGUGAACAACAAUAACAACAGUGUCGACACCGUUAACGCCGCCGCAACCGCCAUAGUUUCUACUGAGUCUCGUCUCCGGCCCACCACCGGCGUCCAGAAAAAAAGAUGGGGAAGUUGUUGGAGCCAUUACUGGUGUUUUGGUUCUCGUAAAAGUAGCAAGCGGAUUAGCGAUGCUGUUCUUGCUCCUGAACCAGUUGUAACAGGAGCUGCAGCCCCAGUUCCAGAAAGUCUGACUCACUCAACUGCCAUUGUUCUUCCCUUUAUUGCUCCGCCUUCUUCACCUGCAUCUUUCCUUCAAUCUGGUCCUCCCUCUGCCACCCAAUCACCUGCUGGAUUGCUUUCCCUUACUUCCCUCUCCAUCAAUGCCUUCUCUCCUGGUGGGCCUAGAUCCAUUUUUGCCAUUGGCCCUUAUGCACAUGAAACCCAACUUGUCACACCACCUGUAUUUUCGGCUACUGAACCGUCUACUGCUCUUUGCACUCCCCCGCCUGAAUCUGUUCAACUGACAACACCUUCAUCCCCUGAAGUGCCAUUUGCUGAACUGCUAACAUCUUCACUGGAACGUGCUCGAAGAAACAGUGGGACCAAUCAGAAAUUUUCAGUAUCUCAUUAUGGAUUUCAGUCAUAUCAGCUGUACCCAGGAAGCCCUGGUGGUCAACUCAUAUCCCCAGGCUCAGCAAUCUCUAAUUCUGGCACUUCUUCUCCUUUCCCAGAUAGAUUCCCCAUUCUUGGGUUCUGUAUGGGGGAAGCUCCCAAGCUCUUGGGCUUUGAACAUUUUACUACUCAGAAAUGGGGUUCAAGGCUAGGUUCUGGAUCUCUGACUCCAGAUGGUGUGGGGCUUGGUUCAAGGAUGGGUUCAGGAUCUUUGACUCCUGAUGAUGUGGGGCUUGGUUCAAGGUUGGGUUCAGGAUCUUUGACGCCUGACGGUGUGGGGCCUGCAUCACGGGAUGGAUAUCUUUGGGAGAACCAGAUUUCUGAGGUAGCUUCAAGUGCUGAGUUGGAGAAUAAGUCUGAAAAUGAAGAUCAUAUAAUUGAACACAGAGUAUCAUUUGAGCUUAGUGGUGAAGAAGUUGCACGCUGUCUUGCUAUUAAAUCAGUUUCAUCACCACGAAUCAUAGCAGAGAGUUCUAAGGACAUAGUGGCAGAGGGCCAAAUACAAAGAGAAGGGAAAUUAACAGGGAGUGAAAGUUGUUUUGAGUUGUAUCCUGCAGAUACUCCCAAUGAAAUGCCUGAAAGAGCUUUGGGAGAAAUGGAGGAGCAUGUUUAUCGAAAGCAUCGAUCAAUCACUCUUGGGUCAAUCAAAGAGUUCAACUUUGACCAUGCUGAGGGAAAAGUCUCUGAUAAGCCCUCAAUCAGCUCCAAGUGGUGGGUCAAUGAAAAGGUUCUUGGAAAGGAAACCAGACCUUCCAACAACUGGACUUUCUUCCCCAUGCUGCAAUCAGGGGUUAGCUGAAAGUUAAAUUCUGCUAAAUUGCUUCACUUCUAAGCUUGGACUAUAAAAUAUUGAUUCCAGCACUAAAAGCAGCUAGCCUAAUUGAUGUAACUCUGAAGGUUAAGCUAUCUUUUUUAUACAGCUUGGAAGGUGUUGAUCUACUGUAGAGGUGGGAGGACUGUGUCUAAUCCCUUAUGCACAGAGAAAAGUAGUUUAUAGGGAUGAAUAGUGUGGGUAUUGUUAGAGCAUUCUUUUUAAUACUUCUUUACCUGAUGUUUUACAAAAAAAGGGCAUCCACAUAUAGGUGUUGAAUUAAGGAUUAUUUUUCCUGUCAUGUGUAAUAAUGAGAAAUAUUGUUUUUCUGCUAAGAACCCUGUUCAUUGGUUAGAUGGCCAUGGUUGUGUACUCCAUGUAUUUCACAUAUAAGUAGGAGCUUGCAUUAGACAUGCUUUCAAGUAAUGCUAUGUAUACAUACUUUUGGUA